AUGACUGCGGAAGGCCAAAAGUGCAGCCUGGGCAGCCUGAUAUCGAUGUCGUGCAGAGGCAGAGCGCAGGCGUUCGCUCGUCGCCUACACACCAAGCUCACAUCCCUGGGCACGAACGAGCACGACGAUCAAGACAGGAACGGCUCGCCGGACGAGAGCAGUUGGCUGGCUGCCGCCCGUGAAGAUUCCGACUGUCUGCCCGUAGCGGUGGCGCAGCCGAGGCUGCUACACUUGGAUUGUGAUUUGGAGCUGCCAGAGUCGCCUGCCAGUCCGGAUGAUGAGCCGGAAAUGGAAGAAAUGUGCGCGCCGAUCAAUAGGGACACACUCAGGCACUCGCAUAGCGACGGUUGUCAGUGCGGCAAGGACCCCCAAAAAAACUCCCUCUCCAACGACAGCGACAGCGAUGGCUCCUUCUACGACACCGAAAACGACGUGGAUCAAAGACCAAUCCUCAACGGAAACGCCAAUUCCGAGGGCAGCAGCCUCAGCAACUUGCAUUCGGACAGUUUCGCCACCACUUCGGACAGUUUCGCCACCACUUCGGGUAGUUUCGCCUCCACUUCGGAUUGCACGCCGCAGCAAUCUAGUUCUUCGACUGAGGACGCGUCCACUUUGAGUUUGAGGGAGGAGGGGUGUCCUUCUUUGACAGUGAACGGGUCUUUGACGGACGUUUCGAGGUUGGAGGAAGAUGAUGUGAGUGUCGAAGUUGAUGGAGGGAUUGCCGACGAGAGAGAUGGGGAAUUGGAUAAACAAGAGAAAGAUAACGGUGUCUUUGUGGUGGACUCGUCCGCGGUAGAAACCACCACGGACUAUUGGAACGGCGACCCCUCGAACUACCUUAACGAUCCAGAAUACGACGAGGACGACGGGGAAUCAAGGAUACCCAGGGUGCGGAGAUGUUCCUCCCUAAAGACAGGGAAAACCCCUCCCGGGACGCCGGCCAUCAAGAAGAUCGUCAGGUUCGCUGAUGUGUUGGGUUUGGACUUGGCGGACGUGAGGACGUUUCUGGACGAGGUGCCCAAGGUGCCAGUGUCGGCUUUCGAAGACUUGUCUGGGGCCGAUCUCAGCGAGUCGUCCGAUGUGAAGUGCCCUAAAGCGGACAAGCUGCUUAUCCCGCUGUUCCAACAACCCGGCGGUCAGCCGGACUUCCUCGACUCUGUCAGAGAGAACCAGGUGCGAUUGGAGAACGCCCUCGUCGACGAUCCGAUCUCCCUCUCUGUCUCCGGGACGGUGCGCGUGCGCAAUCUCGACUUCCACAAGUCGGUGCACAUCCGAUACUCGCUGGACGCCUGGAAGACCUUCGCCGACGUGCAAGCGUUAUAUGUAGACAACUCUUGUGAUGGCUUCUCGGACAAGUUCGCAUUCUUACUUUACGCGCACACCCUGUCGGUGGGCCAGCGAUUGGAGUUCGCCUGUCGGUUCCAGUGCAAAGGCUGCCAGUACUGGGACAGUAACAGGGGGGCCAACUAUUGCUUCCAGUGCCUGCCGACGAGCAAUCGAUCGACCGUGGAUCCGCCCUCCAUAGCCGCCGAUGAUUGGGGGGCCAGUUUUUGCUACCAUGGGAUAGAAUCGACUCGGCUGGAGCUGCAAGAUCGGAUCAUGGCGAGUUUAGCUACGAAGGGGACUGCUGCGCCUGCGCAAAAAGAAAGGUCU